CAUCAGAAGGUUCUUUGCUUCUUUCACCCCUCCCGAUCUUCCUCUCUCGGACCUCACAAUCCCUCCUCAGCCCGAGUUGCAAUCACUUUUUUUUACCAUUAUCACCUACAUCACAUCCAGUCGUCACCAUGAUGCCGGACCAUAUUCAACAAGACCAUGAUAUGAGUGAAGCUUCGGAACACAUGUAUGCUACCAGUAGCAAUGUUGAUUCCCAGCGCAAGGAAGAGAGAGAUGUCAUUGCCAAGCAGGAGAGUCAAAUUGUGUUUGUGUUUCGCCUGUUGGUUGUGACUGUCUUGGUCAUCUCUGCCGUGACUGUCUCCUUGGGUGUCUACUUCUACACUACUGGCCAGGAGAAGACUUCCUUUGAAGCCAGGUUUGACUCGGAUGCCACAAAGAUUCUAGAGACGAUUGGGACCAGCUUUGAACAGACGCUUGGUUCUACCGAUGCCUUUAUCACCCAGCUCAUUGCGUAUGCUCGCUACUCCAACUCCUCCUGGCCUUACGUCACCAUGCCGGCCUUUGCCAUUCACGCUACCAAGCUGCUCAAGCUCUCCAAGGCCUUUUACUUUUCCGUGUAUCCCUUUGUGGAGCCAUCCCAGCACGACGAAUGGCUGGACUACACCAAUGAGACCAAUGGGUGGAUCUAUGAGAGUCUUGAUAUUCAGGCCCGUGACAAGGACUGGUGGGGGGCCACAGAGACGGAAUGGAGUCACAGGCAUGAGAUUUAUUCUUCAGGGGGGAAGAAAGCAGAUGAACCCCAUGACUACAUGCAUGAGAUUUAUUCUUCAGGGGGGAAGAAAGCAGAUGAACCCCAUGACUACAUGAACAACUUCCUUCCAAGCUGGCAAGUUCAUCCCAUGGUUCCCAGUGCUGGUUAUGGCUUCCCCUACAACUAUGAUAUCUGGGACAUUCCCGAGCUUGCUCAAGCCAUUCUCUACGCUGAUGAGCACAAACGCGUAGUGGUGUCUCCCCAAGUGAAUGCGGUAUAUGACCCCACAAGUGAAGAGUCCAUUGAUUCUGCAGCAGGUCAAAACUACUGGGCAUCAUCCUAUACCCAUCCCGAUCUUGACAAUGCAGAGCCAUUCAGUGUCAUCACCUUCCCCAUUUAUGACAGCCUAGAGUCUGUUACCCUGGACCUAAGCAAGAACCAUACCUUUGUGGGCAUUGUCACCUUUUCCCUCUAUUGGAGAGAACUCAUCCAGAACAUUCUCCCCAAAGGCUCUGACGGAGCUAUUGUGGUCUUUGAAGAUCCAUGUGCGCCUGCCUUUACAUACCGCCUCGAUGGACCCAAAGCAACCUGGCUGGGACCAGGAGACUUGCAUGAUCCUGCCUAUGAUCACAUGAAGCACUCGGCCACACUUCCGGAUAUUGCCAAUGUCCAUGGUCAACAGGAAGGCUCCUAUUCCACUUAUACGGGCCUCCCCAUUGCGGAGGACUUUUGCACAAGGACUAUCAGCGUCUACCCGUCCAGUGCCAUGGAAGAUCAUCACCAGACUGAGGACCCUGUCCUUUUUACAAUUGUUGCCGCCUGUAUCUUCCUAUUUACUUCUGCCAUCUUUAUCAUCUAUGACUUCUGGGUCAACAGGCGUCAGCGAAUUGUCAUGCAGCGAGCAUUGGCUUCCGGGGCCAUCGUGUCAUCCCUCUUCCCUGAGAAUGUGAGAAAGCAGCUCUACAAGGAAGAAGAACACAAGAAGGAGAAUGAGAAGGCAAUAAAGGAUUUCAUGUUCCCUAAGAUGGGUACAAAUGAGAGUAGCACCAUGCAAGAUGGCAGCUUGACUUCUUCCCGGCCAAUUGCAGACCACUUCGAGAACACUACCAUCUUAUUUGCAGACCUAGUGGGCUUUACUGCUUGGUCUGCGAGCCGCCAACCUGUGGAAGUGUUUGAAUUGCUGGAAAGUGUUUAUGGCCAAUUUGAUAAAAUUGCACUAAGGAGGAAGGUGUUCAAGGUGGAGACUAUUGGAGACUGCUACGUGGCUGUCACAGGAAUCCCCAAUCCGCAGAAAAAUCAUGCAGCCAUCAUGGGCAGGUUCGCGAGUGAUUGCAUGGUGGAACUAAGACAAGUGACACGCAAUUUGGCCGACAAACUGGGUGAGGACACCAUCAAACUUUCAAUGAGAGGUGGCCUCCACAGUGGCUCUGUCACGGCAGGUGUCUUGCGUGGCGAAAAGGGACGCUUUCAGCUGUUUGGAGAUGCCGUGAAUACUGCUGCAAGAAUGGAGCAGAAUGGUGCCGCAGGAAAGAUUCAUAUCUCACAGGAGUGUGCUGAUGCUCUCCGAAUGGUUGGCAAAGGCAAGUGGCUUGUUCCACGAGAAGACAAGAUUAUUGCAAAGGGCAAGGGAGAGCUGGAUAGUUUCUGGCUGGUGAUGUCAAAUGGUGCUGAGACAAUGUCCCAAGGAACUGGCAUUUCCUCAGACUGUGCAGCCCACUUCAGGACUACAGGUUCAAGUUUUGGUCUUCCUCCUCCCCUUGAUUCCUCAAUUGCUCACCAGGAUGUCAAUGGGGAUUUUGAAAAGGUUGUAGACGUUUGAUCAUUGGGUAGCUAAAGUGGGCAGUAGCUCACAUAAAAAUACAUGUACAUUUGACAACAACAUUUGCAGUACUGUGGGAUUUUUCGUUCAUUGGCCUGUGACGAUGAAGGGGGAUGACUUCGAUGCCAUCUCCCACGCAGCUGGCACUCAUCGCACUGUUUUGUUCAUGGACAAGCUAGCUAGUUCGUCGUUGCUUUCCCGCAUGGUAUAAGGUUCCCGUUUUACGUGUUCGAACUGCAGCCUGCCCUGUUCCGCUGAAGACGACUUUUCGAGUGAAGUGCAACCCAGGGUGGCCACAGGUCGUCGGGGCUCCUCUGCAUUAUCCCACCAUAGCUAGGUUCUUCAUCCUGCCUACCUAGCUAACAGCUAUCGGUAACGGUACUUGGGAGCAAACACUGGCAAAACAAAAUAAUCAAGGACGACGUGGAGGUAUCGACUCUCGAGGGCGACGUCGCGCCUUUCGAAAAGUGGAGUUUCG